GAAAAUCUAGAAUUUCCGUUGAAUGAAUCAUCAAAUCAAACGUAAUCAAAAUCAGACGUCAACGUCAGUGGUAGCAAAUCACCAACCGCCCAAUUCCACCACCCCCAACCACCACCACCGCCACCGCUGCAAUUGUCAAAAAAGAAAAAACCUUGUAUUUCCAAGAGUUUCGUGAUUUGCCAAAUUCCAAUUUCUUCCCAUCAAAUCAAUCAUGAAUUUCGGUUUCCUUCUUUCCCCGUUUCUCUACCACCCCACGUGGCACGUGAAUCCCGCGCCAUUUCCUCUUUCCUUAAUUAUCACCAAAAAUACAUUCAUUAAUAAAUACUCCUACUUACUUGUAGUACUAAAUUUUUGUGUACUUUACCUUUAACCUUUUCUUCACGUGUCAGCUGCUUCUUAAUUUUGGCCCUCUUACUCGUUCUUCUUCCCUUCUCCUUCUUCUUCUACUACAAAACCGCUCUCUUUUACCUUUAUUAUUAUUUUUUUAAUCCCUUUAUUUGUGGUGGAUUUGUUGUGAUAUAUUGCCACCCCAACAAAUAAGGCGUUUCCACUAGGUGAGUCCUGAUAGGAUUCUUCCAAUACUGACUUACCAAAACCUCCAAAAUUAAUCCCCUUUUUUUUUUUUAACAACAAAUCAAUUCCAGCUCAUAUAUUCUAUAAUUAUACUGUUGCCAUUUUUCCAAUCCUGACCUCUUUUUCCCCCUUUCUACUUCCUAUAUUAUACUUGCGUGUGCAAACAAAACCUCUUUAUAUACACUGGGCCAUUUUGAUUCCCGGGAUAAAUUCCUUUUUGGGAUUGUAAAAUUCCUUCUUAUAUAUAUUCAUUCGUUCAUUCUGUUUCUCCUUCCUGUACAGAAAGAGCGUACAUAGAGUUUGUUAGACUUAUCAAUUUGUGUGUUUUUUGGGCUUUGAGUAGAGAUGCCGGAAAAGAUGAACAUUCUGGUGACUGGUGGGGCGGGUUAUAUAGGAAGCCACACCGUUCUUCAAUUGCUGUUGGGUGGCUACAAGGCUGUGGUUGUGGAUAAUUUGGACAAUUCCUCUGAUGUUGCCAUCAAAAGGGUUCAAGAACUCGCUGCUGAUAAAGGCUCCAAUCUUUCCUUUCAUAAGAUGGAUCUUCGUGAUAAGCCUGCACUUGAAAGUCUUUUUGCUUCAGAAAAGUUUGAUGCAGUUAUCCAUUUUGCUGGACUGAAAGCAGUGGGAGAAAGUGUGCAGAAGCCGUUGUUGUAUUAUAACAACAAUCUUAUUGGCACUAUUACCCUUUUAGAAGUCAUGGCUGCUCAUGGAUGUAAAAAGCUGGUCUUUUCAUCGUCAGCUACUGUUUAUGGUUGGCCAAAGGAGGUCCCAUGCACUGAAGAAUUUCCCCUGUGUGCUGUGAAUCCUUAUGGACGAACCAAGCUUUUUAUUGAAGAAAUAUGCCGUGAUAUCUAUGGCUCAGACUCUGGGUGGAAGAUCAUAUUGCUGCGUUACUUCAAUCCUGUUGGUGCACAUCCUAGUGGUUAUAUUGGGGAGGAUCCACGAGGAAUUCCAAACAAUUUAAUGCCAUUUGUUCAGCAAGUAGCUGUUGGUAGGCGACCUGCUUUGACAGUUUUUGGAAAUGAUUACUCAACAAAGGACGGCACUGGGGUACGGGAUUACAUCCAUGUUGAAGAUUUAGCAGAUGGUCAUAUAGCUGCAGUGAACAAGCUCUCCGAUCCCUCCAUAGGCUGCGAAGUUUAUAACUUGGGAACUGGGAAAGGAACAUCUGUCUUGGAAAUGGUAGCAGCAUUUGAGAAGGCAUCUGGGAAGGUACCUUACAAGCAUAAUGCGAUUCAGCAUCUUCUGACAUUGUAACUGAAUUGAACUUAGCUCACAUAGCUGUUAUGUUUUCUGAGUCAAAAUAAAAAACUUCUCUGCUGAAUUUUUGUUAAUCUUUUGUUCAGAAAAUUCCAUUGGUCAUUGCUGGUCGCCGACCUGGAGAUGCAGAGGUUGUUUAUGCAUCAACAGCAAAAGCAGAACGCGAAUUGAACUGGAAGUAAGUUUUAAGCUAUAUUUCAAUGAUUUCUUACCUGUAUUAGGAGUUUCCUUAGACCUUGGAUGAAGGCUCAAUCAAAUUAAUGGAAUUUUGCAGGGCAAAGUACGGAAUUGACGAGAUGUGCCGAGAUCAGUGGAAUUGGGCUAGCAAGAACCCUUAUGGUUAUGGCUCGCCAGACUCUUCAUAAUUACUCCAAGCUAACAACAUCAAACACUUAUGACACGAGUACAGAAGAGCUAUUUUCGUACAUUGUCAGUAGACACCCUAGGUUUUUGGUAAUUAGCCGAAGCAGUGUUCUUUUUUCUUUUUCAGUUCCCUGUGUAGAAUUGUAGAUGAGAUGGGUAUUAUUGGGGUAGUAAAUUACAUUAUAGGAUGCAUAAGGGAGGCAGUGAAGUCAGAUGCAUAUACAUAUUCUCUAACUCGGAGUGCUACUACUGCUGGAUAGACAUGAUCAACACUUUGUGCUGGAAAAAGAGUCAAGACUCGGGACUAAUCAGGCGAAUAAAAGUUUUGACUCAGAAUCUUAGCCUAGUUUUUUUACAUAGUAAUAAUUUGUAUGGUGUGAUUAUGAAGAAUAAAAAGCAUCUGCUGUCCACUGCUGCUAAUUACUUUUCAAAUUCAUUCUUUCAUUUGUUUCAAUUUUAGAAAUAUUUAGAAUAAAAAUUCUUAGGGUAGAAUAUGAAAUAUUUGCACAAUGGUAUCCAUCUUCUUGCUCGCCAACUGGCACGUGUUUUCUCUUUGGAUUCACAUUUUGAUUGAACAAUUUUGCUGGAUAUCUUGCUAAGGCACAGCACAAGUUCCGAA